CUGUACUGAGUGAAAAUGUAAGACACUGAGUAAAAAAUGUAAGAUAUGGUUUUCAUGAGUGAAAGAUAUUUUGAUCUUAUUUGUGCAACAAGCACUUUUUAUUUCAUGUUUUGACUAAAUUUACCCAAUUUGUAGUUUCUUACCAGUGAAAAGUAUAAAGUAUUUUUUCACUUUCUCAUUCACAUGUUUUGGUACAGGUUAACAACCCACUGUUAUAACACUAAAAUAAUGCUAAAAUACUGCUGUUAAAGUAAGAAUAAGGAAUACAAAAUCUUAAUAUUUAGUAUUACGUAAAUAAUACGGUCGUAUGUGAUAACCGUUUCUAACGGUUAUUUUGACUCUUGUGCUUUAGAAAUUUUAUGCAUGGGCAUCAUUACUAUAACAAAGCAUUGUUACAUUGUCUUAUUUUAUUUUUGUAAAUAUUGAUUAAAUAUUGAUCUUUUUCACUAUUCCAGGUAAUCAGCCAUGAAAGUUAAAUUACUCCUUGUCAUCCUAAUUGAUGCAGUCACCUCACAUUACUAUUAUUACCAUGGUGACGACCGCGGUAGACCAAGGCAACAUUACAGAGCUUUUAUUUAUGCCCGACCUUAUCACACAGCGGGAGUGCUACCAUAUUUGGAGGAUUCAUAUGAUUCAGGCCUUCCAGGAUAUAUAGGUGUUCGAUUAGGGAGUUACCGUAGAAUUGAUGAUAGAUACCUUGGCCGUUACAGAUAUGAAUACCCAUAUGAAACAAGCGGCUAUCGUGGUAUUGAAGCAGACAGGUAUACUGAUAUUGCAUCCGACAGAUACCAUCACUUUGAUAGUAACAAUUACCUUGGUUAUGAUAGAUACCAUGAAUUAGGAACUGCCAGACGCUAUGAUUUCUGGGAUUAUACUGAUCGUUAUGGACAAGACAGAACACCUCAUUAUUAUAGGGGUUCUGGUUUUCGAAAUAGAGGAUACUUGGGUCAUGGUGACAGUGCAUACAAUGGUUCAGGACACAGAAGAUACAUUGAUUAUGACAACAAUGCAAACAACCGUUUAAGAAAUAGCAGAUACCAUGGUUAUACAAACGAUGUAAAUAAUAACAUAAGAGACGUAGGUUACGGGUCUUACAAUCCUGCAUUUUCACGCGAUGGCAGCAGCCGUAAUGAUAUCUUGGAAAACAUCAUUAGUCGCAAGCAAGAUAGCGCAAAAAACCUCCUUAAUGUCAGAGAGAACCUUGCAGACAGGGCCCGUAGUACAAGACAAGACGCGGCAGAAAUCCGCCGCAAUGUGAGACAAAAAAUCCGAGGUACAAACAGAAAUAAAAGGGAAAACCGAAUGGAAAAGAGAUUUACUCCAGUGUGACACUAAAGUGCGAAGUAUUAGCAUGAUAAUAAAGAUCAGUCACACGCCAACUUCAAAACUCUUAUUACCUCGAAACGAUGAGGCUUAUCGGAGUCAUCCGGAUGAUUGAUAUUACAUGUCAGAUAUGAUUGCAAUAAAAGACAGUUGUCAAGAUAUAUUGCGUUUCUAGAUACAAACUAGACUGGAUUCAGUUUAGCAAAGUGAAAUGAUCACUUGCAAUAGAAGCACGGUGUAUUAGGUGUGAUUAAAUUUGUCAAAUAUCAAUUUGAAACUGCGACAGCUGGUCAUUUCAACGUCUGCUAUAGUACUGUUGACUCGAGCAAUAGCAAGCCGUGAUUACUGGCAACUUUUGUAUCUUUCGUUCACCAUGCUUUUAAACAACAUGAGAAUUCAUAUCUUUUUUAUUUGAAACAUGUCUUAUGCAUCUAUCUUAACUGGGCUAUAGCACGUACCGUUUUGCAAAUUAAAAAAAAAAACGUGAUCUUGAAAGCAUAUACCUUAUUGCAUUGAGAAAAUUUGAAUUUAUAUUAUGACAUGAAGUUGAUGACUAUGUACACUCUGAAUAAUAAUAUUCUUACAGUUAAUGUCUGAAUGUGUUUCACGAAGUACCUCUUUAUCACAGGCUAUUCAAGUGUAAAAACUGUUUAUGCUAUCCAUGUGUGUCUUCUCAAACACUUGUUUCGUGUAACGGUUACAAUUGCUUGCUACUCAAAAUACUAAAAGUAACAGAAAAACAAACCAGCAACUAAUAACAAUACCAAAAGUAACAAUUCAGAUACUUGGAAAAUGUUAACCAGCCGUAAAAUCCAAUUAUAAUAUACAAGAAUAGUCAAGCCCUGUCCUGGUUAAAUUUAAAUCCAAUCUGUAAUAAUUCCAAAUUCCUCACUAAAUUCAAACUGUAUUUAGAAUAUCCAAAGAAUAUAAAUCCUCUCUUCGAAUAUAAAUCGUGGGAUUAAUGCAGUUAAUGCAGGAAGGGGACAAGUGCCUUCUUUAUUCAUAUACAGAUGUCUCGUUUCUGUAUUAACCCUACGAUAUUUUACAAUCCACAAUGUUAAUGUAUAUCCAUCAAAUUUUAGAUGUCCAAACCGGGUAAUAUUUUGCAAUUAAGAAAUACAGUAAAGGUUUUAAAUAAGAUAUGAGCCGUGCCAUGAGA